AUGAUGUCAUGAUGACGUCAGCUUUAGGAAAUCAUUUUAACGUCAAACCUUACCGUCGGUUUUUGUUUUGUUUAAUGGCGCCUUCAGGUAGUACCAUGAAAUAUUACUCAAAACAGAACUGACAAUUUCAAAACCACCUGACCCGAAUCUUUGCUAAACUUUCGAUCGUGAAUUUCUUAAAUGGAGAGGCUUACCGAGUUCACGGAAAUCACACGCGAUGCAUGUGAAAAACAUUUCAAGCUCAAAAAUUUCCUGUUGGAAUAUGAGAAACCUCAUCAUUUUGUUCAGCCUCAGUUUGGGGCUUUAAGAAGAUACUAUUUAGUAUGGCGUGCCUUUUGGGCCAUGUUUCAUUUGGCUUGGUUGAUCGGAAUCAGAUUCUUCACUAUCAACAGUGAAGAAGAAAAUGGUAUCCGAUGGUUUGUGCACUUCACCAACUGGAGUUACCGCAUGCUCACGCUAGACCUGCUGCUGGAAUUAUUUGCGGUGUUCUAUGUUCAAACAAGACGACAAGACAUUAUGUCCGGUAGCUGUUCGUACAUGCCGUCCUUUUUGAAGGUCCUGUGGUGUAUGUAUAACGUCAGUAACGGUGGCGCUCUUGUUGUUUCGCUCCUCUGUUGGACUGUUACCCAUGAAGCUUCUUUCGGGAACUUCGUCAAGCACUUUCUGAACAGCGUCUACGUGAUUGUGAACCUGGCGGUGACGGCGGUUCCAGUCCGGAUUUACCACGUCUUUCACUUGGCGAUAUUCGGCGUCAUAUUCGUCCUCUCAUGCCUGGCGUACGACUUCUUCUUUCCUAUACCUCUGUGGAGGACGCUCGGGACCGAGUCGGAAUACUCGGCCGCCAUAGUGCUCGUUAUGAUUCCAUUCUGCCAUCUGUUCAUGUUCUUGGUCUACUUGGUACGGGUUGCGCUGUUUGACCUCUGUCAGCAAAGAAUAGUAGCCGUCAUGGAUGCUGAUAAAACCGUAGUCGCUAUGGAUACUGAUGAAACCGUAGCCAAUAAAACCGUAAUCGCUAUGAACACUGAUAAAACCAAAGCCGCCUGGCAUACUGAUAAAACAAUAGCCGUUAAGCAUGAUGAUAAAACCGUAGCCAUCAGGGAUACUGAUAAAACCGUAGCCGUCAAGAAUAGUGAUAAAACCGUAGCCGUCAAGGAUACUGAUAAAAUCGUAGCCGCCAAUGACACUGAUGAAACCGUAGCUGCCAGUGAUAGUGAUGAAACUGUAGCCGCCAGUGAUAGUGAUGAAACCGUAGCCGCCAGUGAUACUGAUGAAACCAUAUCCGCCAAUUAUACUGAUGAAACCGUAGCCGUCAAAGAUACUGAUAAAAGGGUAGUCGCCAAUGACACUGAUGAAACCGUAGCCGCCAGUGAUAGUGAUGAAACCGCAGCCGUCAAGCAUACUGAUAAAACUGCAGCUGCCAAGGAUAGUGAUAAAAUCGUAGCCGUCAAAGAUACUGAUAAAACCUUAGCUAAGUAUACCGAUAAAACUGCUGCCGCCAAGGAUACUGAUAAAACCGCAGCCGCCAAGGAUACUGAUAAAACCGUAGACUUCACGGAGACUGAAUCACACUGACUGUUCUACCACUAUACCAUCGUUAAUAAAGCGUGUUGGUGAUUUGUUUUGGUGGGUUGUUGUUGGUGGUGCUGAUGGUGGUGCUUAAAUUGAUGAUUAAAUUAUAAACAUAUACUAGAGAUAGCAGAUUGAGCCCACACACCGGAUCUGUCGCCGUUGGUGUACUCAAUGGUUUCGCUGAAUCAAUCAACUGCUCAAGGUUGAUACAUUAAAGACAGUUAGUUCAUAGUUAGUGUAGUUAGCUUUUAUGGGUUUUAGUAUUUUGGUCUAACAUUUUCCAAGACAGUUUUAUAAUUGUUUCAGUUGGCUGUACAAUAAUUACCCCCUCAAAUCCCCUCAUAUAUAUAUACGUUCAUGGUUAGCAGCUGUAUUUCUAUAACAAAAACUAAGCACGUGGUAUAUGGGUGCGUGCUUGCAUAUAUGGAAGAGUGCCUUUAGGACUGUGUGUUAUAUUAUAAACGAACCGGGUGAAGAAAUAAAAGAAAAUAAAGGAAUAUUUGCUACA